CUAAAUGCUAACGUGAAUACUAACAAUUCCAUUAUGAUUCAAUGUAAUAUUAUAAACAGGUUACAUAUUUCUAUGAUUACGUAACAAUAAUAAUUGAUUGUAUAAUAUCACAGAUAACACUAAUACUGUUAUAAUCCAUUAAGAAUUUAUAACAACAUAUAUUCUCCAAUAUAUCAGUGAUAUCAACUAUGCAUCAAUUCAAUUAUACAAAUCAUAUAAUAUUGAAAAAUAUUUUAUUAUCAUUAUUAUAUUUAUCUAUAUCUAUAUUAAAUUUAUUAGAUACUUAUUAUGUAAUAUCUACAAAUUCAAUACAUAUUAUCAAUAAUCAUGAAAUCAAUAAUGAACAACAAUUAAUCAAUAAAAUCAAUAUUAAUGAAAAUCAAUUGAUUCAUAAACAGUUUUUAAUUAUUAAUCAUUUUAAAUAUGAACAUACAUUGAUUACAUAUUGUACAGAAAUAUUUGGCGGUAUUUUAAAUUUUAUUUCAGCUAGUUUAUAUUUUACUACACAAUUACAUAGUUUAUUAUUAACUCAUAAUACUACUACUACUACUAAUAGUAAUAAUAAUAGUAAUAACAAUGAUAAUAAUUUAAAAAAGAAAACAUUAAAAUCCCGUUUCAACAUUCCAUUUCCUUAUCAUUACUUAUAUCCUAAUGAACAAAUUAUAAUGAUACAUAAAUAUUUUGAAUUUUCUAGUUUACUUAUUAUAAUAAGUAGUAUAUUUAGUUGUAUUAUGAUGAUGAUCACAAUAAGUUUAAGAAGUUAUAAAAUAUUUAUGAUGAUGAAUUAUACAGAAAAUAAUUACCAUAUAUUAAUCAAUUCUAAUUCAACUCAAUGGUUUAUAGAUAUAACAAUACAAAAAAUACAACAAAUGAAUCAAUUAUUUUUAUUAUUUUUAUUAUUUAUAAUUAAUAUUUAUAUUUUAUGUUUAUCGAGUGGUUUAAAUUGUUGCCAUCAUAAAAAUAAUUUAAAUAAUAAUAGUAAUCAAUUAAAACAAAAUCAUUCAAUUGUCAAUAUCAAAAAGGAUUUAAAUUUUUGCAAACAUUUAAAUCAAUUAAUUUUAUUAUUUUCAUCGAUAUUAAUUAUAUUUGGUAGUUUAAUUAUUAUUAGUAAUAUAAUAAAAUGUAUACAAAUUAAUAAUUGGUUCAUUAAUAAUUAUUUAAUUGAAAAAUCAAAAUUAAAUAAUUUUUUUAAUUUAUUCAAUGGUACUUUAAAUAUAUUAAUUGGUUUAUUGAUAAUUAUGACAAUAAAAUUUUAUUUAAUUCCAUUAGAAUCAAUCAUAAAAAAUCAAUAUAAAAAUAUAAAAAUGAAAAAAAUUUUUAAUUGUCCAAUCAAUAUUAUCAUUAUUAUCAUAUGUUUUUUUAUAUCGAUAUCAAUACAAAUCAAUAUAUCGAUUAUGAAUAAAUUAGAUUAUUUAAUUAUUAAUAUCAAUCAAACCGAUCAAUAUUUAUUACGUAAUUCAUUACAAUUAUAUUAUUAUAAUUAUGCAAUUAAUUAUUUUUUUAAUUUUUUUACAUUACCUAUUAUUAAUUUAUUAUUAUGUUGUAUUAUUAUUGAUUUAUAUCUUCGUCAUAAAUUACAAUUGAAUUUAAAAAUUGAUUUAUUUAAACAAUUAUAUAUUGAUUAUAAUUUAAAUAAUAAUAAUAUUGAUGAAUUAAUGAAACAAAAAAAAUUAAAAUAUAAUUAUAAUCAUCAAUUAAAUAAUGAUAUGAAUCUAUCUACUGUAAGUUAUACUCAUUUACCAUUACAUAAUUCAUUAUUAUAUAAUGAAAAUAAUACAAUCAAUAUAAGAAAGAAUAGAAAUGAAGGAAUUCAUCAAAGAUAUUCAGAAUUAUUUCCACAAUUGAAUGAAAUGAAAUCUAUAAAAUAUUCACCAUUGAAGAGACUUGAUACUAUUAUUACUACUAAUACUAUUACUACUACUAAUAAUAAUAAUAAUAGUAAUAAUAUGAAUGAAAUUAGAUCUAUUCCUUAUUUAAAAUCGAAUAUUCAUUCAUCUAAUAGUAUGAAUCCAAUUUAUUUUGAAUUAGAUACCAUUCAAAAUGAAAUGAAAUCAUCGAAUGAAUUAGAUAUCCAUUCAAAUUAUUUAAGUCAAAUUGUUUAUAAAUGUUCAAUGAAUCCAUCACAAUUAAGUGAUCAUAAAUAUAAUGAAUUCAAUCAAUUUAUAUAUCAUUAUCCAAUAGAAUCAUGUGAAUAUAUGAGUUGUGAUUUGACACAACAACCACAGCAACAACAACGAACUGAUAUAACAUUAAUUCAUCCUGAAAUGAAUAAUGGAAUAAAUAAUUUAACAUCUAGUGAAUUAAUAAAAUUAUUUACUGAUACAACAGGUGAGGAUUUUAUUACAUCAGUUUGAUUACCAUCUAUCUAUCUAUCUAUCUAUCUAUCUAUCUAUCUAUCUAUCUAUCUAUCUAUCUAUCUAUCUAUCUAUCUAUCUAUCUAUCUAUCUAUCUAUCUAUC